AUGUCGUACGAAGAGCGCGCCAAUGCGCGCCCUAAUCUGGGCGAUGACUCCGAUGUGGAGGAAGAAGCGCUCGUGAAUGACUACCGCGAGCAGGUCAACUUCGACGAUAGUAUGAGCGAGCUGGACCGGACGACGUCGCUGGGAGCUGGGUCGCAAACGCAGGACCUGCAGGCACAGCUUGCUGCUGCUGCGACCCCACUGGAGUACCAGGCCACCCUGGAGACCAAAUUCGCGAGCUACGACAACUACUGCAGCCUGUUCCACUACAUCCUCAACUCAGAAGGCCCUGUCGAUCUGGAAGUCCCUUCUUACUACUGGGCUUGGGAUGUGAUUGACGAGUUCAUCUACCAAUUCGAGUCUUUCUGCCGCUACCGCAACCGCGUCGCUCGCAGCGGCUCCAACGAGGAGGAGGCACAACUUCUCCGAGAGAACCCGAACACGUGGGGCUGCUACUCGGUGCUCAACGUCCUCUAUUCCCUCAUCCAAAAGUCGCAGAUCAAUGAGCAGCUGGCGGCUAUGAAGCGGGGUGAGGACCCCCUGGCCUAUGCCGGCGAGUAUGGCUCGCGCCCGCUGUACAAGAUGCUGGGAUACUUCUCGAUCAUCGGACUGCUGCGCGUCCACUGCUUGCUGGGUGACUUCAGCCUGGCCCUCAAGACCCUCGACGACAUCGAGAUGAACAAGAAGGCCAUGUUCGCCCGCGUCAUGGCGGCUCACUUCACCACCUACUACUACGUGGGUUUCUCGUACAUGAUGAUGCGUCGCUAUGCCGAUGCCAUCCGCAUGUUCAGCCACAUCCUGGUCUACGUGUCCCGGACCAAGAACUUCCAGAAGGGUGGUAACAGCUACGACGCCAUCGCCAAGAAGAACGACCAGAUGUAUGCUCUGAUCGCCAUUUGCGUCGCCCUCCAGCCCACCCGUCUCGACGACACCAUCCACUCCGCCCUCCGUGAGAAGUACGGUGAGCAGCUCCACCGUCUGCAGCAGGGCGGCCCCGAGGCCCUGCCUCUCUUCGAGGAGCUCUUCCGCUCCGCCUGCCCCAAGUUCAUCAGCCCCACCCCGCCCGACUUCGACAACCCGGCUGUCAACGUCGACCCCGUCGACCACUACACCGGCAUCUUCAUGGAUGAGAUCAAGAACACCAUUCACAACCCUACCAUCCGGUCCUACCUCAAGCUCUACACCACCAUGGAUCUGAAGAAGUUGGCCGGCUUCCUGGAGGUCGAGCCCGAGAAGCUCCGCUCUUGGCUCCUGGUCAACAAGCAGCGCAGCCGCCAGGUCCGCUGGAUCGAGGGUGGUCUUCUGGAGGGCGAGCCCGCCGUUGCCAACGACCUUGACUAUGCCCUGGAGAGCGACCUCAUCCACGUUAGUGAGACCAAGGCCGGUCGCCGCCUGGUCGACUGGUACCUGAGGAACCUGGCCCGUGUCUACUAG